UGGAUUGGCUAGUGCUGACAUUGAGUGCGUUCCGGCAAGACACUGCUACCGUAGCGCUACAGCUUUUUCGCUACAAUUGUAGCGGUGCCAUAUAUACAUUAGCGUGCAUAACCUCAAAAUUGAAUUAUAAGAGUCGCGUUUACCUCGUUUACAAAAUUAAUUGAAACGAAUAGAAUGGAAAAUAUUGAAGAUUGGCUCAUGAAUGACAUAUUGUUCGAUGAUUCAUCAGAUGAAAGCAACGUUAAAGAGGAAGAAGUUCCGCUACAGUUGUAGCGGUACGUUUUGCCGAAACGUACUCGUGUAGCGCUAUCGUAGCGCUACCGUAGCGCUACGGUAGCAGUGUCUUGCCGGAACGCACUCAUUCCUACAUUCGCAAUGUAACUGUUUAACGUUGGAAAUCUGACUUAAAAUUUGGCUUAAAUCGAAUGUGUUUAGGAAACAAACAUGGAGGUUUUCGAAUCAAAUGUAGCCGUUUCUCCUCUCAUGAGUGUAAACAAAAUGGAUCCAUCGAAAUGUAAGAGGAGCGAACGUAGACGCUCGUCGAUUCUUAAACCACGCAAGACACGGCAACCGUUGCAAAAUGUAAAUUUGGAUUCUUCAUCCAACGAGAACAGCCCAGUUACAGCAAAAGUUAAGAGGCGUGUUAGUUUUGCAGAGAAAAAACAUGUCAAAGAGUUUUGUCACUCUACUGAACAAGGGACUGUAUGGGAUAAUACGUAUGAAGAGCAUGAUUUUAGUUCAAAAGGAUCUUUUGUGGUUGAGCAGAAUACCCAAGUUGAACCACAAGAAAUCGCACCAUUAUGUGCUAGUAAGGACUAUAUUGAUCCCGAUAGUAACUCGUGUGAUCGAAACAAUACCCAUUUAGUAAAUAAUCAGCUGUCACAAGAAUCUGCCGCAACAGCCAAUGAAGAUGACGAUGCAAACUCUGAUUUAGAUUUCACUAAUCCAGUCAAAUCUAUACAAUUGUCAGAUACAUCUCUACUUGGAUAUGAUAAAUUGCCAAAUAAGUCGUAUGUGUGUGAAGGUGAGGUAUCGAGUGGUAUUGUUGCAUAUAGCGACACGGAUGAAGAAUGUAUAGAAUUACCUGAUAAAAAAUCUCAACCUCAGCCAACUGUAAUAUCAGCAAAUACAUCUUGUGCAUGGAAAAAUCAGGUAAACUCAAGCAACAUUGCUAUAUAUAGAGAUUCUGACGAAGAGUAUCACGCUGAGGAUAAUGAUGCCGCUAAAUCUUCCAAGUCAUGUUCUAGCAAUGUUGACUCUAAAUUUGACAAGACGCUUGUCCAGGAUUUGUCUAUGGAGUUGACUGCACCAAUACCUGUAUUUUUAUUAUCACACUUACAGACGGAACAAAAAAAGAAGCAAAAGUGCAAUGAUAUAAAUAAUGUAGAUACAGAUUAUUGCAAUAAUGUAUCAAUGGAAAUUACCGAGGCUGUACCAGUGUUUGCAACGUCUGUCGCGUCUGAUUUAAAAACUUGCCAACAAAUUUCAACAAUGUCACAAAAGUGUACAAAUACAAAAUGUGAUGCUGAUAACACCCACCACACAAUAGAUGACAACUAUGCCAAUGAUUCAAUGGCAUUAACGUCUGUUGUACAGCCAUUUACAGAUGUCACUGGCACUGGUAUACAUCGUGCUCUCGAUACUUCAAUGGAAAUGGUUAGUGUACCAGCCAAAAUACUUGUAUAUGAAAAUAAUGCCUGUAAAGAAAAUGAUCUGAGAAAGGAUGCAACUGAUAAAACUGAGAUUUUUAAUUGCGUACCAAUGGAAAUGACACAACCAGUAAGUACCAUAUUGUCUCCAAGUGUUUAUAAUAAGGAGAAUGUACAAAUGGACGGACCAAUAUCUAGAGAUGAUAAAACUAUGUAUUUCUACGACGUAUCCAUGGAAACAACUAAGAUAGUGUCGACAAAUUGCAAACGAAAAAUUCCUGAUAUAAACACUUGUAAAUCAUUGUCUGAAAAGAAUACACAUGGUGGAAAAGAUAUAAAUGAAUCGGCCUGUUUUGACAAAAGAACAAACUUAUUAUGUAAAUCUAUGGAGUUUACUGAAACUGUUCCAACUUUGUGUAAUGAAAGAAUGCUUCAUGCUGCACACGUUGCACAAUCUGUGAACGACAGUACGUGUGAAGAUUAUAAAAAUGACAAAACUGAGUUUUUCAAUGAUUCAUCAAUGGAAAUAACGAAAUCAGUAAAUAUGUUAUUACCUUUACACGUUGACAAGGAGAAUUUAAACAUGGAUGAAUUGACACCGAAAGGUGACAAAACUAUGCUUUUCCACAACGUGUCCAUGGAAAUGACUACAGCAAUAUCGAGAAACCGAAACGAAAUUACUCAGUCAAUUACUGGUAAAUCGAUGUCUAGAGAGAAUACAUGUGGAGAAAGAGAACCGAGCAAUUUAAUCUGUUUUAACGAAGAAACACAAUUAUUAUGUAAAUCUGUGGAGUUUACUGAAGCUGUUCCAACUCCUUUAUGUAACGAAAGAACAUUUCAUGCUGCACACGUUGCACAAACUGUAAAUAAAAGUACAUGGGAAGAUAAGGAAAACGAUGGAACUGAAGUUUUUAAUGAUUUAUCAAUGGAGAUAACAAAAUCAGUAAAUAUGUUACCUUUAGACAUUGACGAGAAGAAUUUAAAAAUUGAUCAACGUAUCUCAAAGGAUAAAACUGUGUCCUUCCAUAAUGUAUCCAUGGAAAUGACUGCACCAGUGUCGUCGAGAAACCGAGACGAAACUAUUCAGCCAAUUACUUAUAAAUCAAUGUCUAAAGAGAAUUCAUAUGUAAAAAAAGAUACAACCAAUUCAACCUGCUUUAAUGAAAGAACAAAAUUAUUGUGUAAAUCUAUGGAAUUCACUCAAGUUGUCCCAAUUUCCUUGCACGAAGAGAGAACAUUUGAUACUUGCCACGCUGCACAAUCUACAUGUUCUCAAACAUUAUCGAAAACAACUUUAUUGCCUGCUCAAAAAUCUGCGGAGGAAGCAUUACAAACGAAUGCAGUUGCAAACGAAACAAUUCAAACCGAAUCAAUGGAAAUUACUGCGGCAGUGCCACCAACAUUACAACUUGUGCAAGACGUGAUAGCAAGUGAAACAGAAAAUUUAAUUCUUCCUAAAAAUGAUGAAUUCCAACAUCUAAUGGCAAAUAAUAAUCUAACAACAUGUAACAAAAGUACAACAAGAGAGAAUUUUACAAUUCCAAGAGAAACAGAAAAUAUUGAACACAAUGAAUUAUCUAAUGUUACUCAGCCUCCACUGGAUAAUUUAGAUUAUUGCCCAAAUGCAAACUUGGAAAAUGCCAGCGGCAAAAAAAGAAUGUCUGAUGCAAGUGAAAGAUUGCUUUCGAAACGAGCUCGCACUUCUUUUAUGCAAGUUCAGUCUUUUGAGGACAAUAAUAUACAUUCAUUUUCUAGCGGUAACGCUAACUGUGCAAAUGAUAUAGAACGUAAUGAGUCCUUAAUAAAAGAUACAAUGAAUCACACGCAGGUAUCUCAGUCAAAUCUCAAAGAGAAUGAGAUGGAUCUAAACGAAAUCAGUGAAAAUAGUUUCUUAACGAGAAGUAUGCCGUACCUGAAAAACAGUCUCGUAGAGCUACACUCGAUUAACCCGCCAUCAUGUUUAGAGAGCGAGGAAGAAAAUUCUUUCUAUGAAAUUCAACACGAACUUCAAUCGCCGACCAUUACUGAUAUAGCAAUCAAUAAUAUUUCUGAUCGAUCAAUAACAAACAAUGCAGAAUCCGAGUAUCUAAGAGACAAACUAAUAAAUGAGAACAAUCAAGCAGAUUAUCACGUAGGAGACAAAACUGAGGAUAAUCAGCAAGUUGAUAAUUGCCAAACGAUCACGAGGACAAUUAUGAAUGACCAUCGACCUGAUAAAUUAAAUUAUUGUACGACAAAAAGUAUUAAUGAAGAAAGCAUAUCAUCAAUGAAUGCUGAGAAUGGAAAGACUCCGACAGUACAAGAUAUUAACCAUUACACAUCAGUAAUUGUCAAAGAACUUGAAAUGACAGAUGAAGAUCAAGCAGCUGAAAGAGAAUAUACUCGAAAAGGGCUAAACGAGGAUACACAGCUGCAGAAUGACAUUCAAGAGUACGAACAAUAUUCGGAUGAAGAAAGACAAGAAACAGAGAAGUGCAAUAAUCAUCUCGAAGGUGCAGGAGCUGUAGUUGAGGGUCAAAUAGAAUCUAAAGAAUGCGAAAAAAGUUUUAAUAAUGAAGCGACACAAAGUAUGGAACAACAGGAUGAAUGUGCAAUAGAAAGGCCCGGAACGCCACAAUAUAUUAGCACGAUUGAGGAUAUUAAAAAUAAAUCUUUGAACGAACAAGAUCCGUUUUUAAUAUUUUUGCAAAAAUUACAAACUCAUGCCGCAAGAGACGAUUGCAUUUGGAAUGUAUAUCAUAAGAAUAUCGAUAAGAAACUGAUCGUUUUCGAUUUCAUGUCAAAUUCAUUAUUGAUAGCGACGUAUUUAUCACAUGAUUUUAAUGGCUCCGAAGAAAGUGUGAUUAAAGAAAUCAAGAUUAUUUCUCGCAUUUCAGAUGAUGCAGAAGUAUUAAUAAGGAUAGUUCACAAAUUAAUUUUGGAGAAAAUAAAUGUGGAAAUACUUACCAAAUUAUAUAGAACUCAUCAGGACAUUCUUCCGAUGCUAGAUUUUAUUUCACAAGAUGUCAAAUUAGCCAUGGAUUUCAUGUUCGACUUGAGACGUUUGGACGAUUUAAACUUAAUGGAGAUUGCCUAUGACCAAAUUUCAUUCGUCUCUCGAAGUAAACAAAUGGACAUUAUAUUGCAAGUUACGAUCAAAGUUAAACAGUUUAAUAAGCUCACUUCGAAUGAUAUCAGCCUUCAUUGUCUACUGGGAAAGAAUAGAAUAAAAGAAACGGACAUUAAAAACUUAUUUAAAAACAUAAAAAGGGACUACAAGUUUUUACGAAGGUAUAUGAACGAUGUCAAGGAUUAUAUUGAUAUAAUAGAAGAGACUAUCAAGUAAUCUAAUGAUCGAGUAUGAAAAGAUUUUCGAUCGAUCUUUUAAUGAAGAUAUCGUUAUUUUCUUGCAAUAUGCUCAAGUUAGAAAUAAAAUUAAUAAAUUUUUGAAUCACCAAGAUUGUAAACAAUGAUACUAUAAUAGCGUCUUCUUAUUUUUAUAUUGUUGCGUGCGUAAAUUAUAUAAUAAAAAUACAAUAUAAAUA